CUCAGCUUAGCUGCUUUCCGAAUACACGCGUUUCAAGCAGACGCUUUUAUCCAAAGCGACUUACACAAUGAGCAAUUGAGGGUUAAGGGCCUUGCUCAGGGACCCAACAGUGGCAACUUGGUGGUGGCGGGGCUUGAACCGGCAACCUUCUGUUUACUAGUCCAGUACCUUAACCACUAAGGUGGACUUCUCUGGGAGGUAAAUAAAGAAAUGGGGCUGCUGUCCGCCCUGGCUCGGGGAAUGGCCCGAGGAGCAGACCGCACAGCUGAAUUCACCAGCAAACGCGGCCCCCGGACCUUUUACAAGAGCAGAGGGGCCAUGCCUACCGGAGUGGUCACCUCCAGCAGGAAGUUCAUCCCCAUCAAGGAAAUGAUCCCAGAGUUUGUGGUGCCUAAUCUGGAGGGCUUUAAGCUGAAGGCAUACGUGUCGUACAAGAGUCCGCCAGGCACAGAGCAGCCCAUCACUGCAGAAAGUCUGUUUAGCCAAGCUGUGACUCCACACAUCAAGAGGGACAUUGAAGCUGGUAUGUUUGACCCAGAGCAGCUGGAAAAAUAUGGCUUGGAUAAGACACAAGAAGGGAAACUGUUCAAACUUUAUCCCAGAAACUAUAUUCGAUAGAUUCACUGCAUUUGUUGCUGUGAUUAGUGGACUGUGCAAAAAAAAUCUUACAUGUUCCUGUUUAAUACACCUGUUAGUCAUGUAUUGUUGGAACCAAUUUGUCUGUUUUAAAUUCUACAAAAUAAGACAGUUUUGAUCUCAGAUUGUAUUCAAUAUUGGUGCUGUCGAUGUCAUUAAAUGUCAGUAUCAUAAAUAAAAUGAAAGAGAUUCAAUUUA